AUGUCCGAUCCCCACCAGUUCGUCCACGGUGAUUAUACCGUUGGAUGGAUAUGUGCUCUGCCCGAGACUGAGAUGGUGGCAGCCACAGCCAUGCUUGAUAAAGAGCAUCCUAUCCUUCCGGCGGCCGAUGCCAAGGACAAAAAUUCAUAUAUUCUUGGCGAGAUCGGCAACCACAACGUUGUUAUCGCAUGUCUACCCUCAGAAGCAACGGGGAAGGUUUCUGCAGCCUAUGUUGCGAAUGAUAUGCUUCGUAGCUUUCCAGCCGUCAGAUUCGGGUUAAUGGUUGGCAUUGGAGGCGGAGCUCCAUAUUAUGGGACACAACAGGCCCAAGAAGAUGAUUCUGAAGAUGAUUCUGAAGCUGAUCAUGACGAUGACGAGAUAAGAGACAUCAGACUCGGUGAUAUUGUAGUAAGUCAAAAUACAAAGUCAACCGAAGCUGUCGUACAGUAUGACUUUGGGAAGUCGAUUCAGGGACGUGGGUUCGUUCACAUGGGCGGCAAGUUGGAUAAACCGCCCCAGAUCGUGCGAACUGGAGUCUCUGCCCUUAGGGCAAAACAUAGGCUAGGUGGCAACAAGAUCCGUGAGCUUUUGGAGGGCGCGUUGGCCAAUUAUCCAGGCAUAGCUGAAGAAUUCCAAUUUCCAACCACAGCAAAAGACCGUUUGUUCAAAUCAGAUGUCGUGCAUGUAGACAAGAAGAAGUCAUGCAAGGCAUGUUGUGGGCCGGAUAACAUCAAUCUCGUCAAGCGGAACCUUCGCAAAGGAGGCGAUCCUCAUAUUCACUAUGGGACUAUCGGCUCUGCAGACGACAUGAUGAAAGACGCUAUCUUGAGAGACAAAUGGGCGCCCAAAAAUGGGGCGACGGUCGAAAACAUCAGGUCUAAGCUGGAUAGAAUGGAGGAUCGCGAAAUCCUCAACUGGAUCACAACAAUCAAUUUUGCUCCUCAGCAAAGGGACUUUUAUCAGAGACGGCAGUCUGGUACGGGCCAGUGGUUCCUUGACUCCACCGAAUUUCAAGAAUGGCGCAAAGAGAGCGGAAAGACAAUGUUUUGCACUGGGGCCCCGGGCGCUGGCAAGACCAUUCUCACUUCAAUUGCAAUCGACAGCCUCCUUCAAAGUGCUGGGAAUGCAGGAGAUAUAGGCGUCGCUUACAUUUACUGCAAUUUCCGGCGACGAGACGAGCAAUGUGUCGAAAGUCUACUCUCAAGUCUAUUGAGACAACUGGCUGAGAUGCGAUCGUCUCUUCCAACGGAGGUGAGAAUGCUAUAUUCUAAACACAGCACGAAGAGAACAGUACCCUCAAUUGAGGAAAUAUUAGCUACCUUGGCAGCCGUGGUGAUGGACUACUCAAGGGUAUUUAUCUUCAUCGAUGCCCUUGAUGAAGGUCCAAACUCUGAAGGGGGCCUUAAGACGCUGCUAUCAGAGACUUUCAAGUUGCAGGUCAAAUACGGAGCCAACAUUUUCGCAACGUCUCGUGAUAGCACCGAGAUCGAGAAACAUUUUGGCAAGAAGAAGCCGUUUCCAAUAUAUGCGCCCGUCCACGACAUAGCAACAUACCUCGAGCAACGAAUGGAGCUUCAAGAUGUGGACAUCUGGGAUAAAGAUUUGAGAAACGAUGUGAGCGCAAAGAUUAUUGCAGCUAUUGAUGGAAUACGGGAUCUCGCGAAACAAGCGCUAGCAUGGAUAUUCUAUGCUAGGCGACCGAUCUUGACCGCCGAGCUCCAAGAUGCUCUUGCAGUCAAACCAAAUACUAGGAGUUUGGACAGAGAUUAUGUUCCAACGGUGUCUCUCUUGAGCUCUUUGUGCAUCGGGCUCAUCACCAUCGACGAAGAAAGCCGCAUUGUGCGUUUCGUACAUUACACAACACAGGAGUACCUGCAGAUAAAUCAGGAGCUUUGGUUCCCUUACGGGCAGAGUGAUAUUACCGAGACUUGUUUAACCUACCUAUCUUUUGACGCUUUCAAGAGCAAUCGCUUGCUGACCAAGUCUGAACUUGACCAACGACUAUGUUUAAACGCAUUAUAUGAAUAUGCUAUCGUGAACUGGGGGCAUCAUGCUUUUGAAACAUUCCUUCAGGAAGAAAAUUCGGGGGUUAACAUUGCUGGUCUCAGAACCAGGAAGGCCUCGGGUCCAGAUCGAGGAAGCCGCCAAGGAGUGCUGCGAAGCCGGAUAUUAGAAUAUCUGACUAGUGAGACAAUCUGGUCGCCCUCAAGCCAGGCAUUGUCUCCAUUUGGACUGUCCGUUGAGUAUACAACAGCAAAGUACGGCGAAUUGUGGCAGAUGCCUCAUAAGAUGACGAGUGUACAUCUUGCAGCUUGGUUCGGCUUAAGUGAGAUAGCGGACAUCUUGAUUGAUCAUAGAUACCCCUUCAACUCCAGAGAUGCAUGGGGGAAUACACCACUUUCAUUGGCGGCACAAAAGGGACAUAGAAGAAUUGUCGAAGACCUCUUAAAAGCUGGGGCCAUAGUCGAUGCAGAGGAUUUUCAUGGUCACACACCACUUGCAUUUGCAGCACAAAAUGGGCACCUCGCAGUGGUAGAUAUCCUUCUCAGAGCGGGCGCCUCGAUCGAUUACAGGAGCUCAUCGUCCAUGUCCCCAUUUGGCCAGGCAGCAGAAAAUGGACAUGAAAAAGUUGCCCGAUAUUUAAUUGAAAGCGGGGCUGAAAUCAAUUUUGAGAACAAUCAAGCUGACAGAGGACUACUAUUAAUGGCUUCCACGAAGGGACAUGCGGCAGUUGUAGAGUUGCUUCUCGAUCUCGGUGCGCCAAUCGACUGGAUAGAUCAUUCUAUUUUGGACCAAACGCCUCUCUCUGUGGCGGCAUGGGAAGGACACGAGACAGUUGUGAAUAUUCUCCUCGACAAAGGCGCAGCUGUUGAGGCAAGGGACUCGGAAGGCCAUACACCACUGUUUCAAGCAGCCAAACGUGGGUGGGAGUCCUUGAUCAAGCUCCUUAUCAAUCGUGGCGCGGCAGUCAACUUGCAAGACAAUGAUGGAAGGCCAGCCCUUUCAUGGGCAGCCGAAAAUGGGCACUUGGCUUCUGUGAAGGCCCUUCUUGACAUGGGUGCAGCAACCUAUUUGAAAGAUCAUGAAGGUCAAACGCCAUUAGACUUUGCCCGGGGGAGCGGACAAAAUGCAGUGGUUCAACUUUUGUUGGAAAAGAGUACAUCCUAA